AUGGCAUUUUUCCAUGAUCUUCGUUUGACUCUAAAUACAGCGAUCGAUUGCCUAGAGCAGGAGCUAGAAUUUGCUGGAUAUAAGGAUAUAUCCCUGAGUGAUGAGAACUCAUCCCAUGACUUGUCUCGGUUGAGUCCCGAAGGAUCCUCUGCUCGGUUAAAUGUGAUUUCGACAGCCGAAACUAUCCUGCGACUGGCCAAGACUCCAACCGAGCGUUUGAUAGACUAUCAUUCGAAGAUUUUUGAGAUGGGCACCUUGAAAGCGCUGAUUGGCCUAGGUGUGCCUUACAAAAUACCAUUAGGAGGUUCAGCUUCAUAUGAAAAGCUAGCGGGAGAGAUUGGCAUUUCUCCAACUCUUCUUACUCGGCUGAUUCGAUUCGCCAUGACAACCGGGUACUUCGCUGAGGAUGGUUCAGGGCAUGUGAAGCACAACUCAAUGUCCUCGGUCUUUGUCCGAAACCCACAGGCCGGCGGGGCUCUGCAGUGGUGUCUCAAUGUUGAGCUCAAAUGUGCUAUGGAAUUCCAGCGAUCGCUACAGAUUGACCCUAUGGGCGAGCAACGCGAUAAGACUCCUCUUGGACUGGCAUACCAAAAUCAUCAAGGUCGACCGACAAUGUGGAGUCUUUUGGAGAAAGAGGACUCGUUCCGAUCUUAUUUCUAUGAUCUCAUGGUCACUCAGUGUAGGGCACCGAUGUAUUCGCUAAAUCAUAUUCUUCGUGCAUUUGACUGGAACCAAAUUGGAACCCUCGUGGAUGUUGGAGGAUCCUCGGGGAAUGCUUCUUUCGCCAUUGCAAAGCAAUAUCCUCACCUGAAGUGCAUAGUGCAAGAUUCGGCACAAGUCAUUAAAGACUCGAACAAAUCCCCGAGCGUCCUGGCUCAAGCUCAGGUGGAAUUUGUAGAGCACGAUUUUUUUUCGCCCCAGCCCACUACGGCAGAUGCCUAUUUUUUGAGACGAAUUCUUCACGACUGGUCUGAUGCAGAUGCACGUCGGAUUUUGAGAAAUUUGCGGCCUGUCUUGCGGACUGGUGUCAGGCUGAUGGUGAUGGAUACCAUCCUGACUGAGCCCGAUUCAAUCCCACUAUACCUAGAAAAAUGUACCCGUUCGCUGGAUAUCGGUAUGUUUACUUUGUUAGCUGGCAAGGAGCGAACUUUGGAGCAGUUUGUUCACCUGGUGGAGUCAGUGGAACCCAACUUGAAGCUUGAAAGCUGCAAGACCCCUGAUGGAAGCAUUCUUAGCUUAAUGACAUGGAUAUACCAAGAGUGA